AAAUAAGAAGUAAAGCAAAGCUGGUAUUUGGUGGUAGUGGUACCUCGAGUGAGAGCUUCCAUGACUUGUACGAGUACUCUUAUCCUCAACUCUAUUGCCACCACUACCAGUAGUACAACUCGACUUCGCCACCACCUCCCUGCCCGAAACACGCUCAGCCCCCACUUCUCUCAUUUCCUUCCUUUCCAUUCUUCUUCUGCCAGAGCCACCAACAUUUUUCAGAAUUCCGGACUUCCUCUUAUCAAACGACGCCGUCUGCUCCCUAUUGCCAGCUCUCUUCAGCUUCCGCUUCUUCCCUUUAACAUCAACGAGGUUCUUGUUCCAACCGAGCGUAAGACGCUACAUUUAUAUGAAGCAAGAUAUUUAUCCCUGCUGGAUGAGUCGUUAUUAAGAAAGAAGAACCUUUUUGUGCAUUUUGUGUUGGACCCAAUUUCAAUUAGUGAUUCAACCGGUGAAGCAUCAUUUGCUGCUAGAUAUGGCUGUUUGAUUCUUAUAGAAAACGUUGAACGCUUAGAUGUUGGAGCAUUGGUCACUAUAAGGGGCAUUGGUCGAACCAAGAUUCUGAAUUUUGUUAAGGCAGAUCCUUACUUAUUAGGUGUAAUCAUACCAAUGCAGGAUGAGAUUCCUGAAAGUUCAAGUAAAGUGAGCUCAAAAGUUGUGGAAGUAAGGGAAGCUAUCUACAAUUUGAAUAGUUUGGAGAUCAAACUGAAGCAGACCCCAAAUGAAGCAUCGUUGCAGACUCACAUCACAAACUCUUUGUUGUGGGCUGAAAAGGAGCCAUCCUUCGAGUGUGAUGAAGAUUUCAUUCCGUCCCUGGCAGAGCGUGUAUCCUUUGCAGCACUCCAGCCUAUUACAGGAUCAACUGAAGCAGAACUGCUGAAGUUACAACGACUGAAGCUAGAGGCCAUGGAUCUUAAAGACACGUAUCAAAGGUUAGAAGAUUCCCUAGAAAUAGUUAAAGAGAAGAUUUCCAUGGUUGCAGCCAAGCUCGCUAUACAAUCAUUGGAGAUACAAUAGACUAUGUAACUUCAUAUUACAGCUUCUGCUGCCUCCCAAAGCGAGGGGAAACACUGAUUAUUUUGAUUUUGGCUGUCAAAUUUUAACUGUAAUAGUUACGUACAGACGAGAGAGAGAGAGAGAGUGAGAGAGUACUGUGAUUGAUUUGGCGGAUUCUGGCCGCCAAUAUAUCCUUUUCUUGUAAGAUUACCUAAAUGCAUUGCUUGGGAAGUCUACGUAUUUGGUUGGUCAUA